AUGGCUUUUGGGGAGAUUUUAAGGAUCAUUGGAGAAUUUGGAAUUUUCCAGAAGCUUCUUCUUUUUGCACUACCCUUUCCAAAUUUUUUCCUGCCUUUGUGUUUUUCUAGUUUUCUUUUCAUCCAGUCAGAUCCAGAUCGACAUUGUAACACGGACUGGAUUCUCAAGGCUGCUCCCAACUUGACGUUGGAUGACCAGCUGAACUUGACCAUUCCUCUGGAACAAAAUGGUUCUUUCAGCAGGUGUGACAUGUUUGUUCCAGUGGACUGGGACAUUGAAACCAUCAGGGAGCGUGGACUCAAUAAGACCACAGUGUGUCAGAAUGGUUGGGUGUACUACGACACAACGUAUGAAGCCACGAUAGUCACUGAUUUUGAUCUCGUCUGUGAUGAGUCCAACAUGCCUGCUGUUGUGCAGACAAUUUUCAUGGCUGGUAUACUCUUUGGUUCUAUUAUCUUUGGGCCAAUUCUUGAACCACUUGGUCGUCUGAGAACCACACAGUUACCAAUGGUGGUCCUGUUAAUAUGCAAUCUUGUUACUGGUGCUUCUCCAAAUUUCUACAUCUACAUCGUGACACAGUUCCUGGUUGGAGUUGGGCUUGCAGGAUAUAGAAUUAACUCUUCUGUAUUAGCCACAGAGUGGUUAGGAACCACCAAAAGAUCCUACGCCUCCUGUUUGAGCCAAAUGUGUGCCGCUCUGGGACAAUGUUUCCUGGCCGGACUGGUCUAUGAAAUUCGUAACUGGAGAAUAAUCCAUUAUGGGUUGGCAGCAGUCUUUUCCCUUGUUGUCAGCUAUAUUUGGUGGAUUCCAGAAUCUGGGAGGUGGUUGUUGAGUCAAGGAAGAAUCGAAGAAGCAAAGUGGUUGAUCCGGAAAGUUGCAGCAAUAAAUAAACGGGAAAUCCCUGACAAUAUGCUGGACUGCGUGGGGCACGAGAAAAGCGAAACCCAAACUAGAGCAAUCAAUACAAUUUUUACCACACCAAUCUUACUGAAAUAUUUGUUCAUUGUGUCUUUUAUAUGGUUUUCAGUAAAUCUGGGCUACUUCUGUCUUAUUCUCAAUGUGGGUAAGUUUGGAUUGGACAUCUUUCUGGUUCAGUUCAUCUUCGGCAUCUCGGAAGUACCCGUGCACCUCCUCUGCAUUUGGCUUCUGGAAUUGUUGGGCAGAAAAAUAUCCCUCAUUUUAACACUUGUGACUGCCAGUUUAUUUUGCUUCCUGACGCUGGCUUUCUCACAAGACGAUGCUGUGGUUAUUACAGCUCUUCUAACUACAGGGAAGUUCUUUUUGAAUGGGGCCACAUCGGUAUGUAUGGUAUACUCUCAAGAGCUGUUUCCCACUUCAGUCAGGCAAACAGCGGUUAGCUUUGGUGCCAUAGCAAUGAGAGGAGCCGGGCUGCUGGCUCCACUGGUCAACAUGUUGGCCGUCUACCACGUUUCCACCCCCGUGGUGAUUUUCAGCAGCCUCACUGUGCUCACUGCAGGUCUCGGUUGCCUCCUCCCUGAAACCAAAAAAAAAGAACUGCCCGAUUCUGCCAGUGAAGUCCAGGAUGAUGGAAAUGUUUCCAAGAAAGCAGCAACUGAGUCAAGGCAGAUGCAGCACAAAAGAAGAAAAUCUACAAAAUUUUAGUCUACAUAUUGAAUACUUUGUUGUGUAUCCACA